AUGGAUGUCCUCUUGUGUUACGACCCGAACGGUCAGUGGACCACACAUCGUGUGCCCAGAUCAAGCAUCCCCUUUUGGCUUUACCUACACCUACUCCGUGAGAUGGUCACACGGGGAGGUAAUGACAGCCGCUGGCCAAGACUAAGACAUCGGGCCCAGCAACAAUUUGGAAGUGAUCUCGAGAUCCCCGAUGCAAUCCUGCUGGGAAUUCGCGAUGUGGUAAUAUUCUUAUCAUUUGAUGACCGAGCCCGACUAUUGGCUUUGCCGGAAGCGCUGUUUAGGCCUGCCGAGUCAGAGUCCGAAUCCGAAUCCGAGUCCGAAUCUGAGCCGCAGGAAGCAGACCGUGACGACGCGGACGAUGCGGAUGUGUUGAAUGACAAUCCUCCUAAUCCAGGUACUCACUUUUCAGCAACCCCUACUCCAGGCCCUCACGGGACUAAAAGACCUUUAUCAAUCUCUGAUGACGACGAGGAUCAGGCUCAGAGAAAGAGAGCUCGAACAGGGGUUGAAAGUACUAACAAUGUCUCACAGGCUGCUAAUUUACCUGGAAGCCGUCGAUCUGACCCUCUCUCGAUAUCCGAGUCCCCCAACGACGAUGGUGAUUCGGAUGACGGUCUCGAACGUCAAGAGUCCUUGCCACCACACCAAUCCAUCGAAGAUGAUCAGCCAGCCCCAGAGGAGGUAGCUUCCCAGCGGCGUAUCUCGCCGGCAGAGCGUUCCUCGCAGUCCGCACAGGAGCCUCUAGUUGAGCAAGACUCGUCCUCCGAGCUGUCAUCCCUCCCAGAUGAAGGUGAACUCGCGGAGCCCGCCGAUGGAUCCGAUGAGGAGUCCAAGUCACCGGAUCAGCCAGAGCGCCAGCGUACUAAUACUCGUACUUCAGAGCAACAAUCAGAACGUCAACUGUCACGUCCACCCACUCCAGGCCCGCCUACGUUCUGGCGCAAAAAUCCUGGAAUGUUGAUGUAUAGUACACCGGAAGAAGCUGCGGAAGCGAGACGGAGACAGGCAUGGCAAACGGAGCCUUACAAUCUAGCUCGUCGAUCCCCUCCAAGAGCCACUCCGCCACUGGAAUAUCGCAGAGGUAAAUCGCCAUCACAUUUUGACCCUAGAAUUAUAGCAGAAGCAGCAAGAGCAACAGCUCGUGGUCGAGGCCGAGGUCGUGGUCGUGGUCGUGGUCGAGCGCGUGAAACGGGUACGGGAACUGAAGGAGGUGGAGCAACCACAGGAGCCACUGGAGGCAAGAGAGCUAGAAGAGGUAGAGGAAGAGGUGGCAGAGGUCGAGGUGCAAGUAGCACUCGAGCAGCAGAUGAGGCCAGAGACACGGAUGCUGACCCGGAUACUCCUUCAGCGCAAGAAGCUCAACAACUCGCUCGUGACGAGAGAGCCCGACGUCGAGCACAAUGGCGAGGAAGGGAUUGA